UACAAAAUCUGUUUGGAUUUAAUCUGGUCAAAUGUUGCAAUUUUUUGAACUUCUUCAUGACAACCGUGUGGAUGAAUACGUUUAAGUCGAAUAUUUUACAUGGAGAUAUGUGCUUGAAUUAAAAUGAAUGUUUCAUCAAUGAGGCAGAAAAUGGAUUUCGACCACAUGUGAAAACAAUGGUUCGUCAUCCAGAACAUAAAUUUUUGAAAGAGAUGACAGAAAAACAAAAUAAAAUGUAUGAAAAAAUGUUGGCAUCCAGAGGACAAUCAAAGCAUCUACAAAACAGGAAACCAAUAGUCUUAGUCGGGUUGCUCCCUUUUGAUCCACGAAAUAUCGGCAAGAUGAUCCCAAGAUCACAACCUACUUUCCCAAAUAGAUUUCGAAGACCAUUUAUGCCAGCGCCACAAUGUCCAAAAUGCCAGUCUGAGAGGAAUGGAAACUAUGACUCACACAGCCGAGAAGAAAUCUGCGAUUAUUGUAACAAAACGAUUUCUUAUCAAGCCUAUCGAGUUUGUGAUUGUGGCUGUCGCCCAGUUGUGCCUGGGCAACCGAUUCCAGCAUAUAUUUCGAGGAUGAUGGGUUUUGGAGAUCAAGAUUUCAGCAUGAAUAACACAAAACCAGGGAAGGUAAAGGGCAGUCCAGAGACUCUCUUUUUCGAAACGUAUCAUGGUGAAGAUUAG